ACUCGUAACACCACAUGCUUUUUAAAUACGUUUCGAUGUAGAGUGUAGACAUAUCUGUGUAGAGUGUAGUGAUAUCUGAGUGGCGGGUUCGAUCGGUGGAAUUUAUUUUGAAUUGUGAAUCCAUAAUAGUGAACAAAAACGAAAUUAUCAUUCAGAAAAAUCUAGAACAAUGUCUUUGUACAGUGGACGUUCAUAUACCCCAUCGAUACUGAAGACGUCUUCUACUAUUCAGGAAAGAAUAAAAGCAACUCCUAAAAGUGCUAGUAAAGUUCGAUUUUCUUUACCUCAUUCACAAAAUGUUCGUAAAAUAUUGCAAGAUUUUGUGAAACACAACAACACUAAGGACUAUCAACACUUAAUAUGCUUAAUUCGUGAUUCGGAACUAACAGAUGAUGAUUUGUGUUCCUUAUUGAAAGAAGCCAAUAAUUGUAUUUCUCUGUUGAACAAUGAUUUAAGACUUUUUACUGAAGUGCUACUCAAAAUACAAUGGGCCAAUCGAAAUAAGGAUUUAGUUAAGGAAUACCAGAUGUUUUUGCUUAACUUAUUGGCAGGGCAUAGUUUUCAUGCCAGUGUAGUGAUAAAUAAUUUGGUUACUCUGUUUCUUCCUUAUCCUACUGAUCUAAUAUGGGAGAAUGGAAAUCCUACUGAAGAAGACAGCAAGAGGUUCUCUAAUGUACAUCAAGUAUUGGAAACUAUAUUAGAAAGACUACCAUUGAGCAAGGAUAUUUUUAUAGAGGCAUUAUACCGUUAUUACCCUUACUUCAAGAGAGGAGUUCAUAUGAAUGAUUGUUAUUUAUAUAAUUUACUUGAGGUAGUAAAAUAUGCACCAAAUCUCAAAUAUGACAUUUUAGAUUUUAUAUUUUCAAAAUUAAUAGCCAUUGAUGUCAAUGUUCCAAGAGAUUUUAUUAAGAAGGUAUACUUAGAAAAUGGCAAAGAUGAACUUUUCAAGGACGAGAAAACUACUACUACUUAUGAUAGUAUUGCAGUUGAGACAUUAGAUGUAUGCUUGAAAAGAAUGUUUAAAUUCAUUCAAAAAGAAUGUCAGAAUUCAGAAACUAAUGAGAUCGAUUCGGAUAAGACUAAAGCCUUUUUUAAGAAUUCACUUGAAAUAUUUGAUCGGGUAAUCCUUCGUACACAUAAUAGUCAUCACACUCAGUUUUGUUGGUUUAUUUUAUUUAAAAUCAAACCUCGGUUAGCAGAGACAUUUAUAGAUCACUUAUGGAAAAAAGUAACAGAUCCAGGAUGUUUCCGCAAUUUAAGGCUGACAUCUGUACAAUACAUAGCUAGUUUAUUGGUUAGAGCAUCUUAUGUGACUUUGAGGUUACUCAGAACUUAUCUUCAAGAAUUCUCAUCUUGGAUCCACUCCUAUAUCGAUGCACAGGAUAGAAUAGAUUCUGUAAACCCAACUCUGAAACAUUCAGUGUUUUACCACAUGUGUCAAGCGUUAUUUUACACCACAUACCUCAGACACAAGGAAUUGACUGAAACUACUAAGGAUAGAGCCUUUCUUCAAAAUCUAAAUUUUUUGAAAAUAAUUUCUUGCCGUUUGAAUCCUUUGAGAGUAUGCCAUCCUGUUGUGGUGAAACAUUUCGCUGAAUUCGCCUCAAAUUACCAGUUAGCCUAUUGUUAUACAAUUAUCAAACAAAAUGCAAGAGCAUUAGUACGAAAAGAACGUCAAAAUCAUGGAGGACUUGGAAUAAGUUUGGCAGACAAUGUAUUAGAGGAUAGCUACCCAUUUGAUCCAUUCGUCCUAAAAUUGAGUUCUGAAGAAAUUACUCCAGUCUAUAUAGUCCACAAAGAAUUUGAUUUGAAUAAAAAAGAGGAUGAAGAUGAAAGUUCAGAUGAGGAUUUAGAUGAGUUUUUAGAUCUGAAGAAUGAACCAAAUAAUAAACGAAUGAAACUCUCAAAUGAUUAAACAAAAAUAAGAUCCUGUAUGUGGGCCGUGCUAUCAGGAUUUCUUGAUUCUGGUUGGGUUUUUUGACUAAGUUAGUCAUUGUUCCCACUAAAUUUCCAUCAGGUUUAGUUUUCUGUGAAAAAACUGAAGUAUAAAAAUCAGAUUGUUAUGAUUUUUUGAGUAUUUAGACUGUAUAUGUGAUAUUUGGAUAUUUUAAUAUGAAUGAAUUUUUGUAAUAUAUAUUUAUAUAUUAUGUAUAUAAUUAUGGUAGGACUGUGAGACCAAAUUGUUACUUAUUUCUCUGUUGGUAUUCAAUUUUCUAAGUAUUUCAUAAAGUAAUUUUUAUUGAGAUGAUUCUAUAUGAUAUAAUUUAUUCGAAUUAUUUUGAAAUCUUAUUAAUAUUAUAAACCCUGAAUUUUCUGAUGCUGUUGAACGAUCGGACCGCAAAAGUCUUCAGAAUUUGCAUUGUGAGCUUAGACAUGUUUCCUAUGGUUUGAUUGGUCAUUUUAGUCUCUAAGUAGGUGAAUACUUAACUGACUGUUCAGUGCAGUUUCUCUUUUAGUCAUUGAUGGAAGAAAGGUUUAUCCCUAAUAUAAUUAAUCGACUUCUUUGUGAUAUACAUUGAAAUAAGUAACAUGUGCUUCACUGACUUAUGCUGUAAAAUGAUUUAUGAAUUGUUGAUAUAUUGUUGAUUUGAGAAAAUUGUAAUAUAUAAUUAAAGACUGAGGGUUCAUUUUGCCUCUGUAAUUAAUAUAUUCAUUUCUUAUAUAAAUUUCUUUUACAAUUUGUUUGAAUUUAUGUAUAAAUAUCAGUUUCAAAAUAUUUUCAAUUGUAUAAAUUACCAAGAUCUGGUAUUGUAUAAUUUGGAAUAAAGAAUAAUUCUCACAA